AUGUUGGCAACGCCUUCUGGGACACCCGAUACGGCCCUGCCAAUGACAGAGAAGAUCACUCGGGGUCACUCCUGUGUCCUAUGUCAACAACGAAAAGUCAAAUGUGACAAGCAGAAGCCUAAAUGUGGGAACUGCAUCAAAGCUCGUGCGGAGUGUAUCCCGAGUGCUCCAACCCUGCCACGGCGUAGAAAGAGAAGGCUGGCAGAAACCGAUCUCGCUGGUCGACUUCGCAAAUGCGAGCAUCUGUUGAAGACUCAUGGCAUCAAGAUCGACGAUGAGGAGCUGGAAAAGCCAGGACGUGAUGGCCCUCACUCUGAUUUCUUCCCAGGUGGGGACCGCGUGAUAUCAAUGAUGGCCCCGAGAAGCAGGAAUUCCGUGAAAGGGGCUUUAUUUGCUGACAAGGACAAAUCACAUUACGUGGAGAACACUUUAUGGGACAAUCUGAGGGACGAGAUUGGUGACCCAAAAGAAUCUCUCCAAGGCUCUUCCGAGGAUGAAUCGAAUGACGGUGAACUCUUUCCCAAUCCAGAAUCUCUUCUUGUCGGACACGGAUUCUCAAAGGACCUCAGGUCAAUGCAUCCAAACCCCGUCCACAUUUUCCGUCUGUGGCAGACGUUUCUGGUAAACGUGAACCCCUUGGUAAAGAUGGUCCACGCUCCAACAUUGCAACAAACUAUACUCGAUGCAAGCGAAGAUGUUCGAAACAUCCCCCGACACAUUGAAGCCUUGAUGUUUAGUAUAUACUUCCUAGCCGUGACUUCGUUGCAGAAUGAGGAUUGCCAGAGUAUGUUUGGCGAGCAGCGGAGCACUCUAUUAGCCAGAUAUGCCCAUGGGACACAACAGGCUUUGAUCAGUGCGAGAUUUUUGAAAUCGCUAAAUAUCAGUACGCUACAAGCUUAUGUACUCUUUUUGCUUGGCGUUCGAACCGUUUUCGACGCUCAUUCUCUAUGGGUCCUCACUGGGACAUCUGUUCGUAUUGCUCAACGUCUCGGCCUCCAUCGUGAUGGCUCAAAGCACGAUAUAUCUCCGUUUGACGUUGAGAUGCGACGGCGUACAUGGUGGCAAAUCGUCUUUCUCGAUGGCCACUCCUCAAAGCUCGCUGGAGCGGGGUUCCCUGCCUGGCUGGCAAAAUUCGAUACGAAGAUACCCAAGAAUAUCAGUGACAGUGACUUGAGCCCCACUAUGAAAGAGCCCCCUCAGGAUAAGGAGGGAGCGACUGAAAUGAUAUUUUGUUGUCUGAGAUACGAGACUGCACAAGCACUCCGAACUGCAAGAACUACGACUAAUAUGGAUGGCUCUUGGGGUAUUGCCUCCGGCGCAAGCCCAGAACUGUUAGCCGAGAAGGACAAAGCUAUCGAUGCGCUCGAGAUCAAAUUUGAAAAGCAGUUCGUUCAACACUGCGAUCCCUCUAUCCCUCUCCACCUUCUUGUUAUUUACGUCGCCAAGUCAGUCAUCUGCACCAUGCGAAUAAUGGCUCAUCACCCUCGCCAGUACCCGGACAAAGGAGCAACCAUGUCACAGAUAGAAAAAGACAUGUUAUUUACCGAAAGUUUGAAAGAGAUGGAAUACGACUCUCUCGGGUAUACCUCCAAGGCUAUUCGAGGAUAUUUAUGGCAUAUCACCUCCCAUUUCCAGCUCGAUGCCUUCAUAUAUCUCCUGAGUGAGCUUCGAUAUCGGACCACUGGAGACCUAGUAGAAAGGGCAUGGCAGCAGAUCAAAUUCUCGUUCGAAAAUCGACCUGAAAUGAUUACCGACACGAAGAAUAGUCUAUAUUUUGCAAUAGGCAAUCUGGCAUUGAAAGCAUGGGCAAUGAGGGAAGAAGCUAUGGGUUCAUAUCAGGCCCCCCCUCGGUUCAUCUCGUUGUUACGCUCGCAGCGGAACAUCCCUGACCCACCUCGACCACUGGCUGAGAUCCAGAACAAGGACCCAUAUUCAACGCCUCGGAUAAUGGACUAUGCCAAUGAACCACCUCCACCUGCACCUCUUCCACAGAACACAAAUGUCACCAAUAUCGAACAACAGUGGGGGAAUUGGAAUCCUGAGGUUGACAUCAAUAUGCCCGAGAUUACUCCUGUUGAUUGGGCAUACUGGCAGACUCUAAUGGAUGGCGACCUUCCUGCUUGGGAUGGUGAUAUUGGAGGCGAUUUCACAGGGGGUCAGAAAUGGUAG